AUGGAUCCUCCUGCGGGGCUUUGUGCGCGCUCUCUCGGAACCCCGGCAGCCGCCCCGCACAGCGCCCGGGCCCCCGAGGGCGCGCAUUUCCGGGCCGCGCACCACCCAGCUCGCCUCGGCCGCUGCCGCCCGGGCACAGUCCAGCCGCCCCGCCUGCUGCUGGCCAUCCGGCCCUGUUCGCCCGCCGAGAUGCCGGUCGAUUUCACCGGCUACUGGAAGAUGCUGAGCAACGACAAUUUCGAGGAGUAUCUGCGCGCGCUUGAUGUGAAUGUGGCCUUGCGCAAGAUCGCCACCUUGCUCAAGCCAGACAAAGAGAUCGUGCAGGAGGGCGACCAUAUGAUCAUCCGCACCCUGAGCACUUUCAGGAACUACAUCAUGGACUUCCAGGUCGGGAAGGAGUUCGAAGAGGAUCUGACGGGCAUAGAUGACCGCAAGUGCAUGACCACGGUGAGCUGGGACGGCGACAAGCUCGAGUGCGUGCAGAAGGGCGAGAAGGAGGGCCGCGGCUGGACCCAGUGGAUCGAAGGCGAUGAGCUGCACUUGGAGAUGCGAGUGCAAGGUGUGGUCUGCAAGCAAGUGUUCAAGAAGGUGCAGUGA